AUCUCUCCUUCUGGCUGUCUCCCAUACUCGCUCUUUUGCUCGUGUCUUUCCUCUCCUGUCCUCAGAGUCCCCCCCCUGUGUGAUGGCGUGCGUCUCUACUGCUGCAGCGGCGACCGGGGCCUAGCCGACGGCCUUGCCCCUGCCUAUCACAGCCGGCGCCUAGUAGCGAUAUUAAUACGAACCCUGAGGGUUGGCGCGAGGUCUGCACGAGAGAGCCUGCCUACUCCCUGGCUGCUGUUUAGAAUUAUGAGCUGUUCAGCAUCCUCUCUUGCUCGCAUUUGCACGUCCAGCUCAUUUCAGCUCUCGUGAGACUGAGGAAUGAAAAUCUGCAACCAUGAUGGAAGGUUGGAAAAAACGUACCAGGAAGGCGUUUGGUACUUUCAGGAAGAAAGAGAAAGACAAUGACUCAACGGGCUCACCUGACAAAGACAGAUCUAAAAAGACUAAUGGCGCUCCAAACGGAUUCUAUGGGGAGAUUGAUUGGGAUCGAUAUAACUCCCCUGAUGUGGAUGAUGAAGGAUUCAGCAUCAGACCAGGGGACCAAUCCGAAGGUGCCCUCAGAGCCAAGGCCUUCUCAUCCAGUGAGUCGGAGGGCGAGGAGGACCACCUGAAGAAGUUUAAGAUCAGGAUCAAGCCCCUGGCCUCUGAUAGCUCCAAUUGCUCUGUCCCCACUAUGGAUGAACUGAAGGCUUCAGUGGGCACCUUGGCCCUUUCUCCCUCACCCCUGAGAAAAAGUCCGAGACGAAGUCCAUGUCAAAUGAGAAGAAAUCUCUCAAGCGAAGAGAUCGCCAGGCCCAGACGUUCCACCCCUACACCAGGCCCUGAGCCUGACACUCCCAGCAAAAGAUCAUCAGAGAAUGCCAAUACUUUCUUUGGUCCACCAUUUGAAUCCAGCUUUGAAACGUUUCAAGCACAGCAUUCAGAAGUGUUCAUUGUGGAGCCAGACUUCUGGUGUGAAACGAAAAUUCAACCACCUUCACCUUUGGCCAGACCCUUUCCCUCUGGAGCUCCUCCUCCUCUCCCUCCAAAGAACGUUCCAGCUACACCUCCCUGUCGUACUUCCAGCUCAGUGGGGUCCUCAGGUUACUACAGUGUGGUGCCCAGUGUAAGAGCAGACAGCUGUGCGUAUGCAGAUGGCUUACUGUCAGAGUCGUCUCCCAUGCCCGACCUGGACAACGUCUUUGGCCCCCCUGACCCCCCCAUAUCUGCCGACGACACAUUCCAGUUGGGCUGGGCCAGCUUCAGCGAGAGGCGGGGCUCCCCCACGAGACCCCCACCUCCCGAUGAGCCGGCGCCUCCGCCUCCUCUCUGCUCCUCUCCUCCAGAUUCUCCUCCGCUCCCGCUCCACGUGCCCAUUCCUCCACCGGACUCCCCUCCGCUGCCGCUCCACGUGCCCAUUCCUCCACCGGACUCGCCGCCGCCGCCUCCUCCGUCCGCUUCGCCUGCGCCGGACUCGACCCCCACCAGCCCCCUGGGCCCCCCUCCCAUGGCGCCCGUGCCUCCCCUGCCCACCGCCUUCAUCCCGCCGGAGUCCUUUCACGACUCCCCAACACCACCACCACCACCGUCACCACCACCGUCACCACCACCACCACUUCCACCACCUCAACAGCAGGAGGAGGAGUUAGAGGAUGAGGACGAGGAAGUGGAGGAGGAGGUGAAAGAGCUCUCACUGGCCUGCUCCUCUUCGUACCUCCCUCCCCCUCUACCAGCGGAGCGCUCCCCACUCACCUGUGCGCCCCCUCCACUGGGCGUCAGGUGGACCCCGGAGCCAGUGGUGGGCUCCCUGAGGGAAGCUUUCACGGCUUCGCCCAAAGAGUUUAGUCCGGGCUUGCGUGGAACACCACCCCCUCUGCCACCACUCACCUACAGGAGUGUGGUGUCCUCCCCAGGACCAGGGAGUGGGCCAUCCUCCCCUGCCCGGCCUGCCACACCCCUGUCCGCGGGAAGCCCCGUGCCCCCACUCCCACCUCGGCCUUCGUCACGACCCAAACUACAGCCUGGGAAGUCCAGCGUCAGCGACCUGUCCAGGUCGUUCAGCCCUCCGGUGCACUCCUGGAGCCCUCCUCCCUUUGCACCGCUGGCCCGAGCGGAGAGCACCUCGUCCAUCUCGUCGGUCACCUCUCUGAGCGCCGCCUCCACCCCCACCCUCUGCCUGCCCGUCUCCACAUGCUCUAGAGGGCCCAGUCCCCUCACCAUGGGCUCGCAGGACACCCUGCCUGUGGCCGCUGCCUUCACAGAGACCAUCAGCGCUUACUUCAAAGGCGCUGACCCCAGCAAGUGUGUGGUGAAGGUCACUGGGGAGAUGGUGCUCUCCUUCCCUGCUGGAAUCACCCGGCACUUCGCUUCUCAUCCCUCUCCCCCCGUGCUCACCUUCAGCAUCACACACUACUCCCGUCUGGAGCAGGUCCUGCCUAACCCUCAGCUGCUCUGCUGUGAAACAACAGAGCCCAGCUCUGACACAAAGGAGUUCUGGGUGAACAUGCCAAACCUGAUGAGCCACCUAAAGAAAGUGGCUGAUCAGAGGCCUCAAGCAACAUACUAUAAUGUGGAUAUGCUCAAAUACCAGGUGGCAGCAGAUGGCAUCCAGUCCACCCCACUUAACCUGGCAGUUAGCUGGCGUGGUGAUGCCACCAGCACUGACCUCAGGAUAGACUACAAGUACAACUUGGAGGCUAUGCCUGAUCCCGUGCCCCUUACUAACAUCAGCUUCAUGGUGCCUGUGGAUGGUGGCGUCGCCAAACUCCAAGCCAUGCUCCCACCUGCUACUUGGAAUCCAGAACAGCAGGAAAUGCUUUGGAAGAUUCCGGAACUUUCUCAGAAAUCUGAAAAUGGAGGAGUGGGUGCUCUGCUGGGGCGCUUUGCCCUGACGAAUGGCCCCAGUAAGCCGUCCAGGCUAGCUGUGCAGUUCUCUAGCGAGGGAGCCACUCUUUCAGGCGCCAACUUCCAGUUAGCAGGGACUGGAUAUCGACUCUCCCUGGUCAAAAAGAGAUUCUGUGCAGGGAAAUAUAUGGCUGAUAACUGAUGCUGCUGAAAAUAUGACCAUAUCUACAAUGGCUUUAGACUGCUCUGCAGAAGGAAGGAUAUCUGUCUUUCAUUCAUGCGACAAACUGAGAAGGAAAUGAGAAGAACAUUUUUAAUUGAAAAAAAUCAUCUGAGAUCCUUUAUCUCAACAAAAUGAUAUGUAUUUAGAGAAUAAUGUGUGUGUGUGUGUGUGUGUAUGUGAGAAAGAGAGAGUGUGAGAGAAAGACAGAGAAAGAGAGAAAGGGAGUUAUGUGAACCUUGUAUGCAUACAUUUAUUACAAAAAAAUGUGCAAUAUCACAACUCCACAAUUGAGUUUAUGCAAGUUGACACUACCUUAUCCUAAUUUUUUCAUAUUCUGUCAAAUUUAUAUACAUUCCUCUCUGUCACUUUUCCACCCAGAUCUGUUAGUGUAACAAAAACGCUAAUUCAAAUGGGGCACUCCUUGUCUCCAGUGCUGCUCAAGCCCUGUUUGAAACGCUGAGGAAAAAAUAACUAGGACUAACUGCCUGUGAUUAUGAUAACCCAACUAUUUGUAUGGGCCCAUUAUGUAAUAGGAAUAUCACAGUACAUGUCUUGACUAGGAGUGUUCAAUAUUAACAAUGGUGAGCAAUAUGUCAUAUGACAGUAUGAGACUAUAGUCUGACAACACAACUGUAGGAGAGGGACAAUUCUAAACUAGCAUGCAGCUGAAGGGAAAUGACAAACCCCCCCCAAAGUCACUAUACAACACAUCCCAUAAUCUUUUAGAAAUAUAUUUGUAAUGUGUGAUAGCACUUUUUUCCUAGGUAUGUAAUCCUGAAUGUGGCGUGAUAUAAUGAGAGUUUAGAUAAGAGAGGCCUUGAGUUAACUUGGAAUGAUUUAAAGGUCUAGUUAGGCUUCAAAGACAGUUACACUGACCAUUUAAAUUAUUGGAAAUAUAAGGGCAGGGUGCCUUGCUGACUGGCUAUAUUGACUUUGUGUAGAGUUUUUUUAUUUUUCCUGCAGUAUUUUUGUGAGAAAAAAAAAAUCCUCAUGGACUGUUGACAGCUUCGUAGUCUAAAUCAGUAGACACAAACUAGGUGAAUUUUCAGUCUUUCAACAUUCUGUGUUAAGGUUUGAAAUGCAUGACCUUGGGUUGGGGGGGGGGGGCAUAAUUUGUUUUCGUGUUUCUUUCCAUGGUACUCUAAAAUCCAGAUGAUGUGUAGUGGCUGUUUUUCAGUCAACUUGCUCUUGAAAUUUUGCACACAAGAAGACCUUAACCGUGUAUAUGAGAAAGAUUUGGUGACUGAAAUACAAUUUGAUCUCAUACUGUAUGUUAAUUUGUUUUCCACAAUGUGGAGUAUUUUGUUUACCAUUUUCCUGUAGCAAUAUUUCAAGAAAUGAUAUGUAAAAAUGUAAAAUAAGAAUAACUAUUGCUAUAUCCACAUGGAUAUAAGGUUUCUAUGUGUGAUCAUAGAAAUGUUCUAUGUUGCUAAACAAGAUGUCUUAGCCUUUACAACACAUGACAGCACUUUAUGAUUUAUAUUUUGUUUUCUUUGUCAAUUUCUUAAUAUAUAUCAUUGACUUCAUGUAAUAUAUGUAAUGGAUUUAAAUGGAGUUUCUGUUAUUAUCAUUAGACAGUGUUUGUGUCCCCAUGUAUCACCUGAAGCCACAGUAGCUCUGUAUGGAUUCAUUGUUGAUCAAGUUGAUUUGCACACGU